CAGUCGUUGAUCCGCAACUUCUGUCUCAUCUUAUCUUUUAUCCUCCUCCUUGUCGGAACUCUACAAAACCAGGAAAACAAUUUCAAAGAAGUAAACCGAAACCGAAGCUCUCGGGAACAGAAAGUCCGUCUCUUUCUUGGUUCAACACCAUCAGCUUCUGAACCAGAUUGCUCUGGGAUUUUGAGGAUCAAAAGCUUAUGGAGAGAGAGGUGGUCGACCUUUUCGAGGCAGCCAAGAAAGCGGCGGCAUCCGCGGCAGUCGAUGGCUUGUCGACUAACGGGCCGGAGGUGAUGCGAUGUGUUGAUGCGUUGAAACAGCUGAAGGCGUUCCCCAUCACAUAUGAUAUUCUUGUGUCCACACAGGUUGGAAAGCAGCUUCGACCUCUAACCAAGCAUCCCAAGCAAAAGAUCAAAAGUGUAGCUUCGGGAUUGCUUGAGCUGUGGAAAAAAAUAGUCAUUGAUGAGACAGCCAGAAAUAAGAAAAAUGGAAGCAUUGAUAAUAAUUCUUCCAGCAAAACUGACAGUGGAAGCACUGGUGCUGUAAAAGUUGAUAAGGUUCAGAAAACCAGUACGGUUAAGGUUGAAAAGUUGUCAACCAAUGAAGCUGUGAAAGUUGAGAGGAUAGGCAAGGAUGAUUCACCAAGACAUCGGAUUGUCUCAAAGGCAGAAACCAUCAAAGUUGAGAAGAACACUGCUAAUGGGAAUGUUGUCAUGGAUAAGAAGAUGGACCAUGAAAAGACAGUUAAGGUCGAAAAGAUUCCAAAGGAGGAGAACCAAGCUUCCAGUGGGAAAGCUCCCCCAAAGCUGUCAUCGUUGAUCAAAUGUAAUGAUGCUUUGCGCGAUAAAGUUCGAGAACUUCUUGUUGAGGCCUUAUCCAAAGUUUCCAGUGAAGCUGAUGAUUACAUGAGGGAUGAAAUAAAUGCAUGUGAUCCAAUUCGAGUUGCUGUCUCUGUAGAAUCUGCUAUGUUUGAGAAGCUGGGUCGAUCGAAUGGGUCUCAGAAAUUCAAGUACAGAUCUAUAAUGUUCAACAUCAAGGAUCCAAACAACCCAGAUUUGAGGAGAAAAGUGCUUCUUGGGCAUGUCAAGCCGGAGAGGUUGAUCUCCAUGACCCCAGAUGAGAUGGCAAGUGAUCAGAGGAAGCGUGAGAAUGACCAAAUCAAGGAGAAAGCUUUGUUCGAAUGUCAGCUUGCCGGCCAACCAAAGGCAACAACAGACCAAUUUAAAUGUGCUCGUUGUGGUCAGCGCAAGUGCACUUACUAUCAAAUGCAGACUAGAAGUGCAGAUGAACCUAUGACGACCUACGUCACAUGUGUAAACUGCAACAACCAUUGGAAAUUCUGCUAGAGUGAUUUAGUGUACCCUUACCAUCAGGUAGGAGAGAUAAUCCGUGAGGUGCCACCUUAUUUAUAUGAUUAUCUUUCGAUUUGGUGGUCAUCUAGAGGCAAUCCAUUUCAUUCAUAUGUAGUUGAUGUUGUAGUAGCGAUGUUCCAGCCUUGUUUUUUCUUUAUGUUAGGAUUAGCAGAGAAACAUUAUUGUUUAAACUAGCAGCAUUGUUUUAUUUAGAUUUUGUUACUUCUGUUAGGUCUUCUAAUAUGAGAAUUGAGAUGCUCAUCUUAUGCAA